AGAAAAAAGAUCCGCAUACACCCGCACUUGUUUGUUGCGUAGAAUAGAAACUAUUACGACACGAUUGCCGCGAAAAGUUAAGCUUCGACGCUGUCAUAAAACGGAAAACCUAAUAAAAACAGAACGUCUCGACCCGCGAAUAAAGUCCAAAAUGGCACAGACUGGCAAAAUGAACUAGUUUCACUUUUAGCACGGUAACGCAGCUACUUUUAAAAAAUAUCACGUAUCGAAGAUAUUCUUCGGAUAAGAUCUCAAUGAAAACUAAUAAUAAAAAGGACGACGACAAUGGAAAAACUCGUGACUGGGGUUGGUGAACUGGAGUUGAAUGGCAACUGCCCGGGGACAAAUGAAAGCACGGAAGAUCUGAGCGAAUACACAGACGCUGACGAGAGUUUGUCAGCACCUAUUGAAAUUUUGGCUGAGUUUUUAUCUGCUGUGAUGUUGAAAGACUAUGAAAAAGCACUGAAAUAUUGCAAAAUUAUUUUGGAAUACGAACCGAAUCACUCUACGGCCAAAGAAUUCUAUCCGCUUAUCCAGGAAAAAAUUAAUCAAGGAAAUCAGGAGAUGUCGAGCAGCAGUGACCAGGACUGGUCAGCUUCGCCCAGCGACGAAGAUGAUGAAGAAAGGGCAGACGACGAAGAUGAUGACGAUGAAGAGGAAGAGGAAGUGGCAAGCGAGGAGUACAGCAGUGGAGUCGAGUCGAGUGGUGGUGCAUCCAGCAAUCCACCGAGAGAUUCGGAUGCCACAUCAGGAAGCUAUUCUAGCCUAGAGGACGAAGAAGCGGCUGCAGCUACACAACCCAGGAUCCUGCAGGAGCGGCACGACAAUGACUUUUCCCAGAAUGGAAACAACACACCACCUACCACUGACUCAGAGUCACCGACAGAACCUGUCAGCCAAAACAUGCAGGCAAGCGUUUUUCCUGUAGCCUUUUAAAUGUUUUUUUCUUAGAAUUGUAUUUUAUACUCUGUAAUUGUCCUUAAAUUUUCCCUAUUUAAGACAAUAUGUACACAUAUGUGUUGUAAUUGUUAUAUUAAAUUUUAAGUAUAUAAAAACAUAUCUCCUUAUCCUUACCUUUGCUAAGUGCAAUGUGUGAAUUUGAUAAAGACAAAAUAAUCAAUCGUUUAUACUAUGUCUCUGACUUUUUAACUGUUGUAUGUUUAACCAUUCGUAAAUGACUGCUAUUGAUUGACCAGGAGAAACAUUUUGUCAUAAUUACCUACCAUAUGAAUAUUCAAUUUUUAUAUCAAAUACAUUUAAGGAUUGACUAAUAAAAAUAACAAAUUAGUAUCUAAAAAAAAUAUAUUUGAGAAAUUUUUGAAUUUAAUAGUUUUAUAAACAAGCACUAAAACUCACAACUUUGAAUUUCAUUCAAGUGCAAAUCCUUGUACAUGCAUGAAUAUAAUUCCUCAUUGCGAGUUACAUUUUUCUGAGUUUUGGUUAGCAUUGCAAAGUAAAAAAAUACCAUUAACAUACCAAUAUAAUAAUUAAAUGUAAAUGAUAAAAAGUUAAUGUUAACGUUGAAAAUAGUAAUAAUAAUUGUUUUCUUUAUAUGAACUUGUUCUAUCUAUUUGUGUAAUGUUCUACAGUCAUAUAACUAUAUUUUUUUAAAACUGUAUUGAUUAAUUAAGGGGCUGAUGUACAAAAUAAAAUAAAGUUAUAUUAGGAAAUGUAAAGUAGGUGUUAAAAGGUAUUAUUUUUUUAAAAACAUAGUUUCUCUUUCUGUUUGUAUGUCACUUCUAAACUUGACUGAUGGCAAGCCAAUCGAUAUCGUUAAGUAUUUUCUUUAUUAUAUGCAUUUUAAUAGUUACCGUCCCAAUUCAAAAGAAACAGGGCAAAUUUUGUCUGCUAAAUUUUAAAAAACAAUUCGAUCCUAAUUUUUAAUGUAUUUUUGUUUAUUAAAAUAUAAAAUAAGGAGGUAAAUACAACUUAGUGACAUAUCUUUUUAGAAUGCUAGGACCCAAGGUGGCAUAAUACAUUUUGUACUCUGGUAAAAUUAGUGUAUAAAUAAUGGAAAAAGAGAAUGCCAAUAGACUUAUUCAGGGGUCCAAACCUUAAGAAAAUUGCAAAUUAAUUUGGAAUUGGGAAGGUUUUGAUUAAUAAAGCCAACAUGACUGAUAAAUUUUCAUUUAAUAGUGACGAGGUCUUAAGCUUAUCCUACUAGAAUGUUUACAGUGGAAGCAAUCAAUGGAUUGAUAUAAUUUUGAGCUCUGCAGAGAAGCCGGCAAGGCAUUUGAAAACAAAUCAAUAAUGGCCAAUCCAUUGAUAAGCUAAGUUCCUCAUUUGAGGCCUAUUACAGCUAUUAAAAGACUGAUGUUUUAUAUCUUAGUAAGAAUUUACAAUCGAAGCAAUGUACCAGAUAAAACAAUAUUAAUAGUUACUGUUAACUUAAUUAAUUAUAAUUAUAUUAUAUUUAUGUAAUUAUAUAUUAAUUAUAAAUUUAUCUACCCUGUACAUGCAUAUAUCAAUAGAGGCAAUUUGUCUUAAUUAAUGAGCUAUAAUAAAAAAAUGGGUUUAUAAAAAGUAAUGUUUCACAGCAAUGUGGGUACCAACACAGUCAAAAAAACACUUUUCAAAAUUUAAAGCCGUUAUAAUUAUUAUGCGCCUGUUUUCAGUUUAAUUACAUGUAUUUUCAUUUUGAACACGGAAGUUUUACUUUUUUUAUAUAAACUAACCACAAAUUCGUUUUAUGAUAAUGUUAAAUGUUAUUAAUUAUAUUAAUCCAAAAUAUACAUCUAAAAAAAAACCUUUAAAAUAUUGUUCAAUUACUGUGAGUAGGAACUAUCUUUUUAAAAAGGAUUGUUCAGUCAAUGUUUUUAAGUUUAUUUAUUCACUUUUUGAAGACAGACUGAGUUUGAAUAAUUUCAAAUAACUUUAACUAUACAAUAUACAUAAGUACAGGAGCGGUUAAUGUUCAACCACUCAUAUCACGCAGAAACACUACAAUUUUUUUCAAAUUAUUAAAAUUCCAUGGGUUAUUCUGGGUUUCAAACCCAGAACUGCUAGCAAGGUAUAUGCAAAUCAAACACCCUAACCACCCAGCCACUGUGGUCCCCACAAUAUUAAUAACACAUAUUAUAAAAAAUUAUUUUUAAUGACAAAAGUUGAAAUGAAAAUGCUCUUUGAUAAGAUUAAUGAGUGUGUAUUCACAAAAUAAACACAAAUUAAUUAUAUGAUAGAUAACAUUAAUUUAACAAUUUAAAUAUUAAAUUAAUGAUUAUUAAAUGUUAUUUAAUCAUUAUUUUCUAAGUCUGUCUUUAGAUUGGAGAUCCAAUUCGGUUUUAGUAUGUAUAUGUGUGUUGAUAUAUUCCCAUGUGUAUUAUUAUAAAGGUACUAAGUAUUUUAGAAAAAAUAAGCUGUUUGUAUAUUAGAGUUUUGAUUAGUUAUUGAAAUGGUAAAACAAAUGUUUUAUUUUACUAAUAAAGCUAUUUUAAGUUGA